AUGGAUUUUGAAACAGACACUACUUUAAAUUUUCUUGAAGGAGCAGGUGAUCUGUUUGGUCUUACUGCUCCUAAUGCACCGAGGCAAGCCACGCUUAGCAGAGGAUGGUAUAUAGCAGUUGAUACUGAUCAUACAAGAGAAUACAAGAGCGGUCAUAAUUUCAGUCGACGUAGUGUAUUUAACGUAAAUGUAGGAAAUAGCAGUGAUUUGCCAGGAGAGGGAGGUUUUCAAGGAAACAUUUCAGAAAUAAUGGAAACAAGAGAAAUGCGUGAUAGGGCGAAUGAAUGGUCUGAUUUUGACAAACAAACACAACGAGCAUGGCAAUUACAACCCCCUAAAAAUGAUGAAAAGAUAGACCAGCAUGAUAAGAAAACUGAAAAGUACAAUAGUAAAGGUUUAUUAAGCGACAAGUUUGAAGAAAAAAAUAUUGGGGAAGUUGAAAACGACAUUUUAGAACAAAUUGAGAAAAAAUCAGAAAAAUUGAAGGAGGGUGACUUACCAAGGAAGUGGGAGGAGGAAAAGCUGCCCGAAUUAAAAAAAAUACACGAGAAAAUUGAAGAAUUAGAGAAAAAAGAAAAUAAAAGUUCCGCAGAGGAAACCGAAUUAAAAAAUAAAAAAGCAGAGUAUGAUAAAAAAUUCAAGGAAGACAAAGAGGAUACUAUUAAAAAUAUUCAGGAACAAUUAGAAAAAAAUAACUUAAAUAUUACCGAACUAGAUGAUAAUAGAAGUCGAUGA